CCUUGCCUUCCGGUCGUAUUUAGCACCUCCUUCAAGGAGCUGGCAAGAAGAGAGCAGCCUCCAUGCGAGUCAGUGGAGACCGAUCCUUUCACAUUCAGCUGGGCACUGGAUUUGGGCUUAGAAGAGCUUUGAUGCGGCAAUGGAGGUGUCAAUGUAUUAGAUGUCUCUUUGCUGUAGCCUGAGAUGUACUCUUUCCAGAGGAUCUUUUGCUGUAAUUUAGAUUUAAUAUAUUCCUUGUAUAUUUCCAUUUUUCAGCCUGGCUACAGGAUAAUUACAGGCGAUUUACAGUACGGUCGUAUCCCCGUCUACUCCGAAGGAAUCUCCUAUAUAUUUCAAUGGGACUUGCUCCCUACACAGUGCUGUUGUGCAGUCUUCCUGAUCUUCCUUUUUGGAGAUUUCUGGUUUAUCUCAGCAUUUUAUGCACUUUGGCUGUACCUUGACUGGGAAACACCCCAAAAUGGAGGGAGAAGAUCUAAAUGGGUACGAAAUUGGACUGUAUGGAGAUACUUUAAAGAAUACUUUCCAAUACAUCUCAUAAAAACCUCAGAUUUGGAUCCAAGCCACAACUACCUCUUUGGAUUUCACCCACAUGGUGUCCUUGUUGCCGGAGCCUUUGGAAACUUUUGCACAGAAUACACAGGUUUUCAGAAAUUAUUCCCUGGUCUGACUCCAUAUCUGCACAUAUUGCCUUUCUGGUUCAGAUGCCCUUUCUUCAGAGAGUAUAUUAUGUGUGCUGGGCUGGUUUCAGCUACCAAGCGGAGUGUGUCUCAUGUGCUGAGCAAUGAAAAAGGUGGCAACAUUUCAGUGAUAGUCAUUGGAGGGGCAGAAGAGUCUUUGGAUGCCCGCCCAGGAAGCUUAACUCUGAAUAUCCUCAAAAGGAAAGGUUUCAUUAAGGUUGCUUUGAAACACGGGGCUCAAUUGGUGCCAGUGUUUUCUUUUGGUGAAAAUGAACUAUUCAAGCAAAUUUCAAAUCCAAAAGGAUCAUGGCUUAGAACAUGGCAGGAAAAACUGCAGAAGAUUAUGGGUUUUGCUUUGCCCCUGUUUCAUGGCAGAGGGAUAUUUCAGUAUAGUUUUGGCUUGAUGCCUUACAGGAAACCUAUUCACACUGUUGUUGGGGAUCCUAUUGUGGUGAAACAGAAUCUGAAUCCCACCAUUGAAGAGAUUGAUCAACUCCAUCAGAAAUAUCUGCAAGAGCUACAAAAGUUAUUUGACAAAAACAAAGAAAAGUAUGGAAUACCAGAGCAGAUGUCUCUCACUUUUACCUAAACAGAAGGACACUGAAAAUCUGAUUUAAAGGCUUGUGGUGAAAAUGAACUUUUAAUGUCACUCUUUUCUCUUUUCCUCUUUCUCCCUCCGCUCUGCAAGAUUUCCAGGAAUUACACUCUUCUUGUGUGACUAAAUUCAGUGUGACUUAUGAAAAGAUCUAUUAGAUUUUAAAGAAAAAGUAUGAUCACUGUAUGAAACUAAUUCCAUUAGUUUGUGAGGCUCACUGGAAAUGUUUCCUUCCUUCAUUCUCUAGGUAGACGUGCGUUGGUUAAGGGAAGGGCAGGCAGAUGGUAGAGCUGGAUCUGUAGAUCAGUACAUGCUUUGCAAUCCAGCAAACAGACCAGGAACCCCAGCUAGUUACCUGUAACAGCAACAAAAUCUCAGGAGACUCCUGUUCCCUAAAUGGAACUGCCACAUUGAAGAAACCUUAGGGGUAACCAGUAGAUUUUUGUAUAGACAAACUGGAUUGCGGAAGUCAAAAAGCAAAUGCCUGAACUCAUAAUUCUUUGAUUCUAAGUGUAUGCCUUUUGCAUUAGGCUCUGAUUAAAGUCAAGGAAGGAAAAAGGAAGAUCCUGCAGAAACACAGAAUGCUGGAAACAUUUUGAAGAAUGCUUUUUUGAGAAUGAAUCAGUUCUAAUAGCCUUUGGCUCCUAUGUCUUCUGCCAUGUCCCAUUUUGCAUGUAUGAACACCUUUUGAAACACAUGUGGUUUUUCAAAUCAAAAUAGGAGCCAUGCUCUUGCAGUUUCUAUUUAUAUCAUGGUGAGCGCAGAGUGGGCAUUCUGAGUAGAGUGUUCCAUUGUUCAUGUGUUUUUGUUUUUUGAACAGCUUCAGGGAUAUGUUGUGUUUAUUUGACUUGGUUGAAUUAUUUUUAUUGUUAUUGUUAACUGGAAACUGCAUCUCUCUCUGUGUCUAUAUCUGUCCUAACUGCAAUGUCAAUAUGUGGCAUUUUAGGCUUUCCUAAGCCAUAUGGUAUUCUGCCUGAAGUGGUUUAAUAAGCCAUAAACCCUAUUUUAACAGGGGUAGUAAUUUGGUACUUUUGUAAUAGGUGCAUUUGUCUAAUCAUGAUUCUCUGUGGGAUUUAUUUUAACCUACUCUAAAAAAUGUGAGGAGGAACUCAAAAACAUUUUUGAUUUCAAAGGAGUGAUGUAUGCUCUAGAUUUUUUGGCUCAGAGUUCAUUCUCCAAAGGGAUAAGAAAUAAAAGUAGUAUGUUGUAGUCCAAUUUUAAAAAUAUUAGGGCUGAGCUGAAUAUUCCCUAGGUUUGAUUAUGGUUGAAAAAUAUAACCAUUACAAAGGGAUUUUUUUCACCCAGUUUACGUGAACAUUUCCCCUAUUGUUUCCCCUGGUGGUGGCUACAUCAAUGCCAAUUUCAUCGACCCAUAGCUGGGGUUUUUUGCUCAUUAAUCUAUCUGCAGAUUAGAGAUACAGUGAUUCUCAUUAAUAAGGUAUCAUUUGCUGACCAUCAUAAUAUGUUGCCAUGCAAAUUUGGCAUCAUGACCACAGCAGUCCAAACCCUGGACUGUAGAAAUAUACUUCAGAUGAUGGAUAAUGGGCCAGUAGUCUGAUUACAUAAGACUGCUUCUUAUGUCUCGAUGAAGGCAAUUCUGAUUUAAAGUGAUGCUUCUUAUACUGGUCACAUCAUAGCCAAUCAGGGAUCACUCUAACAAUUUAUCACUUUUCACAGUCCUUUUAAAGUGUUCUGACUUCAUUUUUUCAAAAUCCUAUCAACCCACCCCUUGUUUCCACUCAGCCUUAGUUAAUAUAUCCUCACUUCCUUUUAAAAGGGAUGUUUGAUUCUGAUGAACAAACAGCUAGGAACAAUAAAUUAUUUUGAUACCAA